AUGUCAGAGUUGAAUACCGAGUGUUUAAUUAAAAAAGGAUUACGAAAAAAUUUAUUUAAACAUUCGAAUGUUAUUGAUCAUGGCGAUGAUGAAAUAGUUAAAUUAGAAAGACAAUUCCGUAAUGCGUACAUGCUAAAGUCAUUAGAGGCGCAAAUUGCCGAGAAGGAGGAAGAAUACGUCGGAUAUUUACGUAAACAAAUUGCUGUGAGAAAAGAAGUUCUUAAAAGUGAAGAAGAAAUGGCGCGAGAGGAACGAAAAAUUUUGAUUGAAGUUGACAAAAUAGUUGACGACAUGCAUGAAUUUGAAAAAAUUAAAAAACGUCAUCUGCUGGCCGAUAAAUUAAGACGUGAAAAAUUAAUAAUGGAAGAAAUAAAGGAAGUAAUAAAUGCGAGAAGACAAGAAGAAGAAGCAGAACUGGAUAAAAAAAAUAAUUUGUAUUUACAUGAAAGGAAGUUGAGAGAAGAAAUGGAUAAAAUUACCCGCGAUUACGAAAAAAAAUUACGUGACAGUUGGGUUGAAAAAGUAAGCGAGUUACUUGUGAUUGAUAUGGAAAAGAAGAAAGAAAAGUAUGAGCGAGAAGAUAUUAUUUGUGAGUUAAUCGCUGAGGAUAUUAAGUAUGAGUUAAUUGUAAAGGAAAAUGAAAAUAAAUUGCUGAUGAGGGAGGGUAAGAAAAUUUACGGGAGAGAUUUAAUGGAUCAAAUGCUGGAGUCCAUUGAAUUAGAGGAAGCUGCGCGUAAAAGAGAUGAAAUUUUGACAGAAAAAGUUAUCAAGAGAGUUAUGGAAGAGGAUAAUCUUAGCAGACUUACUGCUCAAGCACGGAAACGUAAACAACUACAGUAUAAAGAAGAUUUAGUUAAGUUUAUCGAGGACGCAAGGAGAAUACGUAAAGAAAUUCUGGCCAAGGCACGUGCUGAGUUUGAAUUAGAAUCAUGGAUUGAGAAUGAAAUAACGAGCAUUAAAAUUGAGGACCAACGCAGAAGAUUAAUCGACCGACAUGCUAAAAAUGUUGCCGCUUAUUUGAAAAACGGAAUCAUUAGAGAGAUAAAAUAA